CUAACCCUGUGACACUGUCCAGAGGGAGCCAUGGCCACAGACAACCCCAUGGAAAGUCUCCAGGGGGAAGCUACAUGUCCCAUGUGUCUGGAAUAUUUUAAGGACCCAGUAACUAUAGAUUGUGGGCACAAUUUCUGCCCAGCCUGCAUCACCCAGUGCUGGGAGAGACCAGAUACAGACGUCUUCUGCCCUCAGUGCAGAGAAACUGUGCAACAGAGAAACCUCAGGCCGAACAGGUGGCUGGCAAAUGUUGUAGAAAUAGUCAAACAGUUGAGUUUACAGGCAACAAAGGCAACAGGAGAGGAGAGGGUGUGUGGGGAACACCAAGAGACUCUGAAACUGUUCUGUGAAGAGGAUCAAACUUCUGUCUGUGUGGUUUGCCAUCUGUCCCAGGACCACAGAGCUCACAGGGUGAUUCCCAUAAAGGAGGCUGCUCAGGAGUACAAGGAGAAACUCCAGGGAGCCCUGGGCCCUCUGAGGAAGGAGCUGGAAGAGGUCCUGGCUCUGACUUCUAAAGAGCAGAAGAAAACCACAGAGUGGCAGAUGGGGAUGGUGUGUCGGCUGCUACAGCCAUCGGUUUUCAGUGGUCUCCAUGACAAAGCUCUGCAGCUUCUCUGCAGCCUGGAGGAAACAGAUUGUUCCUUCUGGCUCUGCACACACAAUCCCUGCAGUGAAUCUGCCCAGUGCCUGGGCCAGACACUGGAGCUGGGAGGACGAUUUGCCCCCCAUGGCCACUUCAUUCCAGUCACCUGCUACUGUUACUGUGAUGUUUCCCAAAGAACACCUGCCCCCGGCCCUGACUCUGUGACUCUCUCCCCAGUGGACGUGACUCUGGAUCCAGACACGGCAAAUCCCUGUCUCGUCCUGUCUGAGGAUCGGAACCGUGUGAGACAGGGAGACACACGUCAGGAACUGCCUGACAACCCUGAGAGAUUUGAUAGAUAUUCCAUUGUCCUGGGCGCUGAGGGGUUCGCGGGCGGGAGGUGUUACUGGGAGGUGGAGGUGGGACACAAGGCUGGGUGGGACCUGGGGGUUUGUAGGGGAUCUCUGAGCAGGAAGGGGGAGUUCACAUACAACCCUGGGAAUGGAUGUUCGGUCAUGUGGCUGAGAGAGGGGGGAUACAAGGCUCUCACCUUCCCCCAGACCCCCCUCCUUGUGAGCGUCAGGCCCAGCCAGGUGGGGAUUUUCCUGGACUAUGAGGCAGACAAGGUCUCGUUUUACAAUGUGACUGACAAGUCCCAUCUCUUCACUUUCACCGACACCUUCUCCGGGACGCUCCGCCCUUAUUUCUAUCCUGGGGCUACAAAUGCAGCUCCCCUGAUCAUCUGCCCGGUCCCAGCUCAGGCCAGAGGGAAUCUCUGUCCCUGACAGUGACCCCGCGGCACAGACUGGCCCCUCUCAGCCCUUUACGGCAGCAACUGGACUUUUUGUGCUGACCGGACGCUGCCAGUUUCCCUUUUCAACUGGAGGUUCCAGUCGAAAACCAGACACCUGGGAACCCUCAGCCCCCACCUUCCCCAUCCCCUGCCCCAGGGGUAGCAGAUGGUGGUGGAUGUGGUCAUUCACUCCUGUCAGAAUUUUCUACCCCUGUGAAAUCUCAGUGUAAAAUAUGAAAGAAAAAAGAUUAUUUAGAAAAUAUUU